GAUGUCUCAAUGGAUCCACAGAACUUCUAUACUUAUCUGAUGUCCUUAUGGCUACACCGAUUUUAUAUCUAUUCCUCUCUUGCUUUGGGGAUCAGUAUUUGGAUCUGCAUUCAGUUCUUCACCAACAAAACUGGAAAAAGGGAUGAGAAGUGCAGUGGGGAUCCAGCUUCCGCUGAAGUAACGGAGGGCAAGCUCGUAAAUGGAUAUGUCUCCUCAAAGGCGAAGGAGGUCUAUGUUGCUGGGGUAAAGAUUUUCUAUGGAUCUCAGACUGGCACAGCAAAGAGAUUUGCCAAAGGUCUGGCUGAAGCAGUUAUUUCCCUUGAUUUGUCUGCAGAAGUCAUUAAUAUGGGAGACUAUGAUCCAGACGAUAGCUUAACAGAGGAGACAACCAGCAGGAACGUCUGUGUGUUCUUGGUAGCGACGUACACAGAUGGACAACCGCCGGAGAGCGCAGCGUGGUUCUGCAAGUGGCUAGAAGAGGCUGCCAAUGAUUUCCGCUUUGGCAAGAUGUACCUGAGAGGCCUGAGAUACGCUGUGUUUGGCUUGGGAAAUUCAGCUUAUGUUGAUCACUACAACACAGUUGGAAGAAAUAUUGACAGGUGGCUGUGGAUGCUCAGUGCCAGCCGUAUCAUGACUCGUGCAGAGGGGGACCGUAACGUGGCCCAGAGCAAGCACGGCAGCAUCGAGGCUGAUUUUGAAGCCUGGAAAACAAAGUUCCUCAGGCGGCUCCAGGCGCUCUGCAAAGGCGAGAAGAAACCCUGCAGUGGGAAGUGCAAGAAAGGGAAGUGCAAAUCCCAGGGGAAGCAGAGCAAGGAGAGCUCGGAUCAUGAACAUGGGCCGUCGGAGUAUGUGAAUACUGAGGCAGAGGAGUUUUUUGAAACCACUAGUGAGGAGGAAUCUGAUGCUGAGAAAGCUGGAGACACAAAUUCUGUUGUAGAUGUGGAAGAUCUGGGCAAAAUCAUGAGCCACAUGAAGAAAGCUAAGAAGGAGCGUGAGCUUGAGCAAGGAGGCGGCAGAGGCAGCCGGUCCCAGGAGAGCGCUGGAAGGAAGGAGGAGAGCGAGAGGAGAGAGAUGAUCACCGCGGCUCUGAGGGAGGCGCUCACGAAGCAAGGUUACAAACUGAUCGGUAGCCACUCCGGGGUAAAGCUCUGCCGAUGGACAAAGUCGAUGCUCCGAGGGCGAGGAGGCUGCUACAAACACACCUUCUACGGCAUUGAGAGCCACCGCUGCAUGGAGGCCACGCCGAGCCUGGCGUGCGCCAACAAAUGCGUGUUCUGCUGGAG